AUGGCCAAGGCGUUUCUAGCGGUGGUUUCAGGGUUAGCAGCUGUGGUUUUUCUUGGAAUAGUCGUUCAUGAUCAAGACAACCUCUUUGUUGCUGACGAGGCUGUUGGUUCUAUUGUCAUGGAGACCAUAAAAACCGAGUCAAUAUUGGCUUGGAUGAUGGGUUUUGGUGCAAUAGUCAUGGGUUUAUGGCAAUCUUGCACUACUUCUUAUGAGUUAUGA